AUGGGUAGUUAUCCACUCGAUAAAACAGGAGUUGUAAAUGCUAUCGAACUCGAGAUCCACGAUGAAAAUUUACAAAAACCAAAUAUUUACAAUAAAUACUUACCAUUUUAUGAAUCAAUUAAACAACAUGGCUUUAAAUUAUUUAGUGAAAUUAAAGAAAAUUUAUCUCGUACUAUUCAAUUGGCUGAAUUUGAACCAGGUUUCUCAUUUUGGUCAGAUAAAUUAGAACGAUUUAUUUAUCUUUAUGAAUAUUAUUUUACCAAAAGUGAUCAUCUAAAAUUAAUUCAUUUCUAUUUAUCUAUUCUUUCUAUUAAUGAUCUCAAUUAUUCAAAUGUAAAAAUAUGCUUUGACAUGCUCAAUCAACUUAUGAGGUAUUCUCCAUAUUUCUCCUCAACAGCUACUCAAGAAAUUCUUGAUCAAUUUCGUCCACAAUUAUGUUUAACUGAUUGGUUUGUUAUCAAUACAUUUAAAAUGUUCGAUCUUUUCUUACCUGUUAAAUUACCUCCAGCAUUGCACGACCAAGGAUUCAAAUUAUGGUUAAAUGAAUUUUUUGAUAUUUGGGAAAAUGUCUAUAAUGGAACAAUAUGGGAAUUAUAUAUGAUUAGUAUGUUUUCAUCAGUUGCUUGGAAUAAUAUUGGUUAUAUUGAUUGGGAACCUUGGUUAUCAAAAAUUUUUACUCGUAUAUUACGUGGUUUUUCUCUUCCAAUUGGUAAAAUGCAAAUUUCUUCAUAUAAUUUUCGUUAUAUGAUGUCAUAUGUAGCAAAAUGGAUUGUUGCUAUGUUAAAUAAUAAAAAUUCAUGUUUUGAAUAUUUAAAAGAUUUAUUUAUUGCUAUAAAAAGUUUUUAUCAUCCAUCAAAUACAGGAAAUUUUCAAAAUGAACUCGUUGAAUUUAUUGUAAAACUUGCUGAAUAUUUUGUUGAUCGAGUUCAUUUAGAACAUAAAGUUAAUUCUUUAUGGUUUAUUUCAUUACAUGAAUCAUCUCGACUUACUGAACAGAAUAUAAUUGAUUUUGUUAAUUGUAUAAAAGAAUAUGCAUUUAUUUCAACUUUCAAUAAAAAUCAUAGUAACAAAGCAGCUGAAGCUUGUCAAUAUCUUUCUAUGCUUCGACCAGAAUUAAUUGUACCGACGAUUGUUGAAAAACUUUUCUCAUCUAUUGACAAUAUGACUGAACCACAUCGUUUUACAUCAAUAAUGAUUUGUUUAACACGUAUUGCUCGUCAAAUAGUACGACAAACAUCGACUUAUUCUCAAGGACAAACAUAUGUAAUACCAUUACUUAUGGCUGUAUUACCUGGUAUUGAUUUAAAUGAUUUUGAAAAAACAUCAGUAACAUUAGAUUUUUAUAAUGCUAUAUUCAAAAUUAUUAUAUGUGUUGAUUGUUCAUCGGCAAUACAAACUCGAAAUGAUCUUACAGAAAUUGAAAAAGAAGUAUGUUUAUCAACAGAAAAAUUUCAAGAUUUUAUUAUUAAAUUUCUUAAUCGAAUAUUUCAAAUGAUUGAAAUAUUAUCAACUGAUGUAUCCGAUGAUAUCAUAGAAAUCACCGAAGACAAUAUCGAAGAUAAUACUAUUGAAUUAAAACUUAUAUCAAUAAUUUCUAGCAUUGUUCAACAAUGUAGUAGUAAAAUUUUUCAAAUAAUUCGAGAGAAAAUAACAGAUUUUCUUUCAUGUACAUUUUUAUCGUCAAAAGUAAGGAAAUUAGUUACUGGACUUGUUCAAGCUAUUGUCAAAUGUAAUCCAGAUGAAACAAUCAAAUAUCUCUUACCUAAAAUAUAUGAUUCCAUUGAAAAAAUGAUGAAUACACUAGAAUCAAGUGUAUUAUUAACUGAUCAUAAAGGUGAUAUUGAACUUAAUUGGUAUUUAAUUCUUUUCUCGGAAUUGGUUCGUGCUCGUGGUGAUACUCUACUUAUUUAUAAACAAAUGAUUAUGUCUAUUUUUCAUCAAUGUAUAUCUAUUAUUAAUAAAAAUGCAUAUGAAGCAAUUGCUAAUGCAGCUAAUCAUUUACUUAAAUCACUUUCUCAUAUAUAUCCAAUUGAUUAUCGACUUACACUUGAAAAUAUUGAUGAAUCAUUCAAUAAUUUUUUACCUAUUCGUGCAUGGGGACAACAUGUUGAUUUUGAUAAACUUCAAGUUCAAUAUCAUAUUCCAAAUAUUGAUGAAAUUGAUUUUGCUUGUGAAUUUGUUGAAACAUUUAUCUAUUCUGAAUUAACAUUAUUGAAUGAAAAAAGUCUAAAAAUAUCAAAUGAUGAACGAUUAAGAUCAUUAACAAUUAUUUAUUACACAUCUAUGGGAUGUUUGAAUAUGAUACCACGUAUUGAUAGUCAAAAUGUGCAAGAUCUUGUAUCAUCAGUUGUUUCAUGUGAUUCAAAAUAUCCAAUUUAUCAUAAUAAAUCGAAAUUCAGAGAAAAUUUACGAAUGCGUCUUGUUAUCGAUAUUGGAAAGUUACUUGAUGUACUUGUAGACAAUCAUUCAGAUGAUGUUAAAUCAAUAAAAACAGCUCUUAAAAUCUAUUCAUUAUCAUCUAUCUAUUAUGGUAUAUCGAAAAAUAAUAUUUAUAAAUUAUCUACAGAUAUUCAAUCCAAUAAAAAAUUAUUUAAGAAUAAACUUUCUGAUAAACGACAAAAUUCUCGUUUUUUAUCAAUUAAAAGAAUAGUCUUACAGUUAAAAAAAUUUGAAACGAAUAAUUCUCGAACAUUAACUGAAAUUGAUAAACAAAUUGUAUUAAAAUUAUUUAAUUUGUCAAUCAAUCGAUAUAGUGAAGUACGUCAAAAAGCACAAUUUGAACUCUUUGCCAUUCUUAAUCAUUAUCAUUUCUCAUUCCAAAUAAUUGUCGAUCGUAUUGUUGAAUUACUUAAUAAACCGGACGAGACUGAUCAUCAUCAAAUUAAAGGUUGCCUCUAUAUUCUUCUUGGUAAUAAUUUAUUUUUCUUACCUACAAAAUAUUCAUGGACAAUGAUGGAAAAAUUAUGGCCAUCAAUUGCUCUUAUGAAUUAUGCAAAAAAACCUAGCACACAAAAGUUAAUCAAUGAUAUUAAUAAAAAAAUUAUUAGAACCUUCAUUACAGAUUCAUUCAUUCAAGAUAUUAAUGAAAUAUCGAAACAUGCAGCAGCUGCUCUAUGGCAUCCAUUAAAACGAAUUGAAACAAAAAUUCAAAACGAACGUAAUCAAGUCAACAUUAAAUCAUAUAACAAUCUAAUGGAAACACUUAAUUUGCUACUUAAACGCGAUACAUUAACAUGGAAACAACAAAAAGCCAUAAUGUCAUUAUUAUGUCUUCUUCUUCAAAAGCAUAUACCUAUUUCACAUUCAUGUAUUCAAACAUUUGUUGAUUUUCUUAUUGAUGAUAAUAUGGAAUUACGAAAGUGUGCAGAAAAAGGCAUUGCAGCAUUUUGUCGUUUACAAAAACCACCUCGAAUUUAUGUAGAAAAAUCUCUUGAAGAAAUUCUUCAUAAUAUGGACAAAUCAUCAUCAUCAUCAUCAGCUAUCGACAAUAAUAAAAGUCAUUCGAUCGAUUGUAAUAAUAAUUUACGGAUAACAAUCGAUAGUUAUAGACCACCAGAGACACAGAUCGAAUGGGAACAAACAUGUUUUUUGGAUAAGUCAUUUUAUGGUUAUUAUACAUGGCCACAGAUGAUCAAAUAUUCAAUAAAUAAACGAACACGCUAUACACAAAAUACAAUGCCAGAAGACGUAACUAUUUUAUAUGAUCGUUUUAUUGAUAAGAAUUUUAUUAUACGAUUUAUACAAUUAAUAAUCUUCGAUGAAGAUAAUGGUGAAAUAAAUUUUGAUAAAACAAGAUUUGCAAUAUUUAAGGGUCUUUUUCGCAAUUUUGGUUUUGUAUUUAUUGACAAUUUCAUAGAGCAAUUGUAUAUACUUAUUCAUGAACAAAUAAAAGAGAAACAAAAAGGUAGUCAUCGAGUAGCAGCUGAAAUUGUUGCCGGUAUGAUUCGUGGUUCAAAAUAUUGGACAUUAGAAAUGCUUGAUGAACUUUGGAAAAAACUAACACCAUUUCUAACCGAAGUCUUCAUUAAUCUCAGUAUUGAAACACGUUACUAUUGGUUCUUAUGCUUUAAAUAUAGCAUGGAAAAUACAGAUCCCCGUCGAAUGAAUCGACCAAUUGAAUUUUUUCGUACAUUGAUUAAUAAUCAAACAAUAGUUAAUACACUUAAUGAAACAUCUCGAUGGUCUUUAAUUUCAAGUUUAAGAAGUUUUCAAUGGCGUAUACCAUCAAUUUGGUGUUCUAUUAAUGAACAAGCUAAAGUACUACUUGAUCAUCCAUCGAAAUCUGUACGAGAUUAUAUUGUUGGUGUAUUAUCAAUAUCGUUUAGCUUUGAUAUAACAUUAUUUAAUGGAAAAUUGACAUAUCAACCUGAUGUCAAUCAAUUCAUUGAUGAUAUAUGUGAACGAUUACGUGAAGCUAUUGAAAUUUAUGAUAAGAAACCAUUAAUCAACAUCUCGGAUCAAGUCGUUGAAAUGGAGUUUGAAACUUGUAAAGCAUUAAAUUUUAUGGAAGCAGUCCUUCAAAUGCUUACAUCAUCCUUCUUCUGGUCUCGACAACCGAUGAAAAAUUCCCUUAUUCGUAUUUUUCCUUAUCUUUGUGAAAUGGAAAGUAUUGGUGCUAAUAAUCAUAACUUGAAAGAUAGUUUACCAAUUAGUCGAAUGAAGAUUGGAAUGAGUUAUUUACAUGAACAGUUUUUAGAAGGACUUAUUCAACAAUUGGAACAAGUGUGUAUGAAUCCGAAAUGGCAUGUUCGUCGAGCGGCUAUUGAUUUCAUUCAAAAUAUGAUCUUUUGUAAUUUAUUCAAUGCUCGUCAAUAUGCUAAACAAUUACAUACACUUGUACUCAAAUAUUUAUUCGAUGAACAACUUGAAGUACGUAUAACAGCAUCAACAACUUUAUCAGGUUUCUAUCAAUGUGGUUAUAUUCAAGUAACUGAUGAAGAUCUACAAUACUUUCGUAUAAUGAGUAAGACUAAUUAUUUUACGGAGAUCGAUGGUAAGAAAGUAACAUUGAUGAAGAAUAUUGUCAAACGACAUGGAGGUAAUAGAUGUGUUUUGGGUCUAUGUGCCAUUGUUCUCUCAAGUCCAUAUGAUAUUUCAAUUCAUGUACCAGACGCAUUAAUGCUUCUCUGCGAACAUUUAUAUGAUCCUCAUGUGAUACAACAAUCAACUCAAAAAUGUUUGUCUGAAUUUCGUCGUACUCAUUAUGAUUCAUGGCAUGAACAUCAAGAAAAUUUCACCGAAGAUCAACUUUUGAUUUUAACCGAUGUGUUCAUUUCACAUAGUUAUUAUGCUUAA